UGUCAGGAAAUAUUGUUGGGCCAACUUCCCGAUUUUCUAUCGGGAGAACAUAAUUCAGACGGAAGUAAAUAGUACGCGAAGGUUCUCCCACAUUUUGACAAAUUUUUUACACGGAAUUUCUCGAGAAUGGAGAAAGAUUUUUGUCCGAAAAUUGGGCCUCUGUAUCAGGAGAACACGCUAGUACCGAUAUUAUCUUUUUUGGGAUACGAAAUUUCAUAUUUUCAUGAAGUUUCGACAACGAUGUACUACAUGUGGCUUGCGUUCGAUCGAACGACACUUGUAAAUUCACGUGCAACCGCAAAAUACCAUCAAAGGCGCCCAAGAUGUAAUUCUUGUUCCGGUACAAGCCGCAAGACGAAGAAGAAUAAUAGAGGAAUAUAGAAAUAAGAUUAAGUUACCUGUUCGUUCGAAGCAUUUUUCCCACAUGGCCUGCACCAUCUUUCGUUAUAUGAUUAUUUGCCACAUUUAGAAUAAUUAAUUUGGGAUUAUUCGGUGGGUCACGAUAUCGUAAUUCGUGCGCUAUUUUCCUCAUGCCGUUAUCGCUUAUUUUGCACAGCCUCAGUGACAAAUAUUUCAAGCUAAACACGAUUAUCUGUCAGAGUGAAUUCUGGACACGUCACUUUAUAAAUCAUUAAAUUGUCCGAAAAGAUUUCUUUGUUUUAUAAGAUGAUAAUAGACGAACAACAAUUUCUGUUUUAUAUUAUUUUAUUGAAUUACGUAUGAUCCAUUUCGUCAUAUUUCUAUUAUCAUGUUCGUGUAUAAUUCAAUAAAUUAAUAUAAAACAAAGAACAUUGUGCGUCUGUUGCUUCCUUAUAAAACGAAAGAAACUUUUCGGACGACCUGAUACUUGCCUUCCUCCAGGCGCGCAAAGCAAAUGAUAAUUUUCUUGCGUGUUUGGAUUCAUGUCUAAAUUCAAAUCUUGCACGCAUCCGAUAUUUGUCACCAUUUCCGCAAUUUGCAUAACACCGAACGCGUUUAUAUUGCAAUUUGGCAAUCUAUGAAAAUGUUCGAUCAUUUCUUUGACGAACGUAAACGUGGUACGUAGAAUGUAUGCGAAUAAUUAUUUGGUUUACUUCAAUACUGUGAUAGUAUUAUAUUUCUGCAUCGUAGAAUUCAGUGCAUCUAAUAAGCAGAUGGAUACUUCACGACGUGUAACAAAGUAAAAAUGAAUUCAAGGACGUGCGCUUAUUUCAACUUCUGAAGUGCGGAUUUUUAUGCGUCUACGAGAGAUUCAAAAAUGCCAAACUGCAUGGAAUGUGCAUAGUUAUUUAAUUAUAUUACGAGGAAAACAUCGUUUUAGAAGAUACUUAUCUUUGCUUUCAAUUUUCACUGGCGUCACCAGUUUUCUAUUUGGAUCCAACGAGAAACAUUUGAAAUAGGAUGUGCCGGAAGAGUUGUCAAGCGGCCGUCAAACUGAAACAAACCGAGAAUUCCGAUACAAAGAUCCCGCAGCAGCUCGAAGAAAUCUCUUCUUGCCCUUUUCUCCGAUCGAAGUCGAUCCGAAUCAGUGCGCGAACAUGCUCGUCGUUUUACGAGGGGUCGGAAGAAAAGGAUGCUUUGUUGGACGGGCACGGCCUUACGAUUCUCACGAAAUCAGAAUAAAAAAUCGGAACCGGUAACGCGAGAGAAAAGAAACGAGAAAAAGAUGUGUAUGGCUGAGCUUACGACUCUUCACUUUUAAUGCCGGCCUGUUCUUUGGUUCGCGGGAAAAGGACCAUACGUGACGUUUCCCCGAAAUAUAUUGCUUUAACUCUGAGAAGAGCCGCAUUACCUAUGGGAUCACUUAAUAAUUGAUACUGUCCAACUAUGAAGAAUGGCAGUCGCUAUAAAUACACAGGCGUUCAAAAUUCUGACGUUGUAUUUAGCAGGAUGUAUUUUAAUUAUGAACCGUGAUGUUGAAGAUCGAUAGUCGAAGCGGAGGAGAUUAGAGCUUGAAGGAUGGCAUAGAUCCACAAUUGAACGGCAGCAUGUGCUAUGUGAUAGUCACUAGUCGUAGUUUGCUGUGGACACUCCUGUCCCUGGCGGCGUUAAUGGCAGUUUUAUCGGGGCUCAUCACUCCAAAAUGGCUCAUUGGACCUCAGAUAAAAGACACGAAGAAUGGAACAGAGUUUUACGCGCCAACAGUCGGAAUUUUCAAUCGUUGCAUCAGGCUACACGGAAAGAAGACUCACUGCGCAAAUUUCAACUUGGAUGGCUUCGCCACAGAUUCCAGCGUAUUUCCAGACUGCUGGAAAGCUUCUUACUUCUUCCUGUCUCUUGGUUUGGCGAUUAUGUCGAUGACAGUGGUGGCAGCUUUGGUUGGCUGCUGCAUGCAAAGCAUCGGCAGAAAGAGCAUCUUCAACCUGGCUGGUGUUGCGCAGGUUAUUGCUGGAAUAUUUUAUUUGCUGGGGAUGAUUUUGUAUCCCGCCGGCUGGGGCGCAGAAAGGGUUCAAAGGAUCUGUGGACCGGAAGCUAACGCUUUCUACCUCGCUGAAUGCUCUCUAGGUUGGGCUUUCUAUAGCGCCGUGAUAGGGGUUGGAUUGACGUUUGUUUGUGCGGUAAUAAGCGGCCAAGCAGAAAAGUCCACAGCCAGUGAUAAAGUUCAGGACAAGAUGAACGAGGGCAAAACAUUGAUCUGCCUCGCGUGAAACUAGAAAAACUGGGGAAUGUACGUCAUUGAUAUUUUGGGAAUAUUCAUAUUAUCUUUGCCGAAAGAGCAACGAUAAAGUAAACCAAACGUUGGCAAAUGCGACAAAAGAAUAGAAGAGAAUUUAUCGUGGGACCAAUCAAGUUCAAGGUCAGUGAUCUUUGUUAGGGGGUCGUUGAACUUUUGUUGCAUCGAAUAUACAUGUACUUAUCACAGAAAUGAAUCUGUUCUGUGCCAAUUUUUCCCCAGAUUUUCAUCUCUAUAGCAUUAUGAUUGUUUUAAGAGAAGUACGGUUCAGCUUACUACAGUCGAUUUGUAUACAAGUAAAUGUAUAUGAAACAGAUAUUCGUAAGAAAUAAGAUAUAAGAGAAGAAUAAUACUGUAUAAGGAAGAAAUAAAUCAAGGAUGUUGUUAAA